ACUGACUGAGAUCUGCCCACAAAACAAGACCAAACACAGUCUGCUCUACUCAACAAUCAGGCUCUGGGAAUGAAAAAAACAACAACACGAUGAGCCAUGUCUGCUGGACACAAAGAGACCCAGCGGGCCAGCACUGUGUUUUUCUCCAGCCCUUUGAUGAGUGAUGUGGAAUCCGACUGGUCUCCAGUUCACGCUGCAGCCUUUAACGGACAGCUCCUCACCCUGCAGAGGCUCGUGGCUCAGGGAGUCUGUGUAAACCUGAGCACUUUGGACCGGGUCUCGCCCCUUCAUGGAGCGUGCAUGCAAGGCCACACAGCAUGUGCCGAGCUUCUGCUGGAAAACGGGGCAGAUGUAAACCGCUCGACUGUGGACGGCAGGACAGCCCUCACAGAAGCUUGUGCUCGGGGUCAUGUGACCUGCGUAUCGCUGCUUCUGCAGCGUGGAGCGGCUCCCCUGGGCACCAGCCAACCCAGCUCUCCGAUCCACUUGGCUGCUGCUGCAGGUCGGCCUGAGUGCAUUGAAGCUCUGGUCCUGCACGGUGCAGAUGUGGAUCAGCACAUUGAUGUUGUGGGAACCCCUCUCCAUGCUGCCUGCUCUAAUCUGCAUCUCAGUUCUGUGGAGAAACUUCUUCAACUUGGUGCAAAUGUGAACCAAAGCAGACUUGAUGACUCACCUUUGCACGUUGCUGCUCGCCUGUCCAGCCCGGAGCUGGUGUUUGUCCUGCUGGAUCAUGGGGCAGAUCCCCGCCUCACAAACUCAGAAGGCAAACGGCCGGUAGACCUGGUCCCCCAGAACAGCCCAGCAGGGAGGCUGCUGGAAGCAGCAGGAGGAGUGCCUCUUCUGAAGCAGCUGUGCCGGCUGUGCAUCAGGAGGACUGUGGGGAGGCGGAGGCUGGCUGGGAUUCAUGACCUUCACCUCCCUGCACAGAUACGACAGUAUCUCCUCUACUUAUCAGGCCCCAGGGAAGGUUUAAUGGAGUCAAAUCCUUCAACCUUUUAACAGACAGGUGUGUUACACCCUUUGCCCACUAGGGGGCAAGCUUGUACAGUUUGUUUAUCCCUUGUGUUUAUCCCUUAUGGGGUCGAGAUGACCCGAGCCUUAGAUUGACAUGUUCUCCCUACCAUGACAAAGGUGAAUAAAGGUGAAGGUGAUGUCAUGUACUCCAUGGACACCAAUGAAGAUCACAAAUCAUUGAAGAUAAAAA